CAGAAAAUCAUGGAUUCCCUGUACUUUUUAGCUUAAGAAAUUUGCUUGUCAUGUCUCAUUUUCUGUUUCUUGUGAACCUUUGUUAUUGACACCGAGUUAGAUGCAUUUUUUACUGACUCAGGUCAAAAGAACACUAGAACAAUUUACACCAGCUCAGUGGGACAAAGAUGAGUGGAAUCCCCUGCUUGGUCCAUGGCGUUUCAUUCAAGUUGUUAGUCUUUGUAUCGUCUUCCUCACAGUAGAGCUCAACACCUUUUUUCUGAAGUUCUGUUUGUGGAUUCCUCCUCGAAACCCCGCUAUUGUGUAUAGGUUGAUAUUGUGGUGGCUAAUAGCAAUUCCUACAAUCCGCGAGUACAACUCAUAUCUUCAAGACAGAAAACCAGUGAAAAAAGUCGGCGCAUUCUGUUGGCUUUCCUUAGCUAUUUGCAUAGUAGAGCUUCUCAUUUGCAUCAAGUUUGGACAUGGUAUGUUACUCUGCAACUAUUAUCAAUCAAACGAUGUUUGUAGGCGUGAUGGUGGUGGUGGUGAGGGUUCAUGGUAG